ACUAGUGGGAUGACUAGAUCUACUACUUGUGUACUAGACUACUUCUAGAGAAUCUAGAUCUAGAUUUAGACUAGAAUCUAGAUCUAGAUUUCGAGACUAGGUCUAGAUCUAGAUCUAUUUUCUACUUGUGUGGAUUAGAAAGAAACUGCUUGGAAAAUCAAUUUUUCUGCAACCAUGCAUGAUCUUUUUGCUCAAGUCCUUUCCAGAAAGGAUUUGUCCAAAGCUGGAGAGCUUUUUUCUCUGGAGGAUGAUGUAAUUGAGAUAGACCUUGGAGAAAUCAUCCACCAUAUUCAACUGAUUGCUGACACUGAAGAAUAUGAAACAAAUGAUAAUGAUCAAAGUGUGGUGGAGAUCUGUAUAACUAGAAUCACAACAGCUAUCAGAGAGACUGGGAGAAUAGAAAAGCAUGCUGAACAUCUAGUUAGUCUCCUUGCAAUGUGUCUGAAACACAACCUCAUGCAAAAAUCAAAAGAUGUUGACCCUCCACAUGCCAAGAUUGCUUCUGACAUCAUGAGUCGACUGUUUACUUAUUAUACCAAUAACAAAGUAAUGACUUUGGCUAUACCAUGUGCCGUUAAGUUUCUUGAGUGUGAGAAUAAAGAUCUAGUGCGAAGUGUUGCUAGCUACCUUUCUUUAGCAGCUAUUGACAAUGCGAGUCUACUAGCACAGCACAUGCAGCUUGUUUUGACCAGUGUCCUCAAAGGCAAUUAUCUACUUGGACAAGUCCUGCCUCAGAUCUAUGAACAGAACCCCCAGCCUGUGUUACAGCAUGUGGACGAUAUAGCCUCGCUGAUGACCAAGUGUGACUCCACUGAGAAAGUUUGCCUGCUUCAGUUGUUUAGUAAAGUGGUCAAAGCACACCCAGAGCUUUUGGAGAAACACAUCCCAACCCUGUGCACGUACCUCACAUCUUCGCUGCUGUCCUGCAUGGUUAUCAUGAUCUUGGUGGAUAUGGCUGUGGCUAGACCAGAGGCUGUAGUGGAGCACCUGGGUGUCAUCCAGGGUAUGGUGGACACACAGCCUGUGCUCAUGUAUCAGGUGGCACAGAUCACAGGGGCAGUGGGCACCAUCAGUCAAGAUCAAGCCAAGAAGUCCAUGGACUACCUUGUUGGCAAGUUAGGAGGGAUGGAUCCUUCUAUUUUACCUGCUGUCCUACAAGAAAUCCGAGGACUGAGCCUGACCAAUCACAGCUUGCUGUCAGAGAACAUGGAUAAAAUAUCCAAACUCUCCACCUCAGGCUCAAGCUCUGUUCGUCUCAUGGUGCAGCAAAUCAGGGAUGAUGUGCGCAAACACAAUGCUGCAGCUGCCAACAAAAAUCUGGCAGCUUCUAAUGAUCAAUCAACAACACAUUCCAAACCCACUCAAAUUGAUACAACCAGAGAAAAACCAAAGGAAGUUCGAUCUGUCUCAAGUCAAACGGAGGGUACUGUCACAAUAAUAACAGUAGGGAAUCCCCCAAACACCAGUCUACCCAGUGGAACAGUGUCUGUCAAAAAUACAACUCUACCCCCCAGUGGGGCAUCCAGCCAGCAGAGUUUGGCUAAACUCUCAAGCCGAAUAUCAUCAGCUGACCACUCCAACAGCCCAUCACACAGACAAACACCAGAUGGCAACUCCUUCAAUAGUGUUGGAACUUCCACAGAGAGAAUUGGAAGUUCAGACACUAUGCGAGAUGGAGUUCAACUGUUCUGUGAAAAGCACUUUACUAAAAUUAAGAGCUUUAUUAAUAAGCUUAACGCCACCAUUCCUUUACCUGCUAGAUGUAGUGUUGUCAAGGGCAAACACAAGAGAUAUCUCAAACUCCACUUUGAGUGUGCCAAUCAGUCACAGCAGUGCUUGUACAGUGGAUCUCAUUUUAUGCUGAAUACCCGCUUCCCAAAGCUCUGGGUGCAUCUUAUGUUUCUCUCUGUGCAGGCCCGUUCAAAGUAUGCCUUAAGUCAAAGGGAUGCUGAUGUGAGCUGUCUCAAGUCUUGUUGGGAUGCACUGAAAGGGGAAACAACUAGCAGCUUCUUAGCUUUGGUUACCUCUAGCUUUCCUACACAAAAGGACCAGUUGGCAUUGCUGCAAGAGUUGCACCAAAUGAGAUACUUUGAUAUAUUUGAACUGAAUGCCAUCCGAGCCCACUGGGCAUGUUUUGUUUGCAACCACCCAGAAAAACUGUCUGAGCUGCUGAAUGAUGGUUGCCCAGAAAUUGCGGGACAAUUGAAAGAGAAAAAAGGAAAAUGGAUGUUUUUUAAACGCUGGAAAACAAGAUACUUUACAUUAUCUGGAGGAUCUAUCACAUACAACAAGAGCAAUGCUACUAAAGCAACCUUACCAGUUACCAAAAUACAAAGCGUGAAAGCUGUAAGGAAAGGAAUCCGAGACACUCCCAAGGCUUUUGAAAUAUUCACAGGAGAUCAAACAUACAAGUUCAAGGCUAAAGGUCAACACAAUGUUGAACAGUGGGUGCAGUGUAUUCAUAUUGCAGUAGCAAGGUCACAUCACAGUGGUUCUGCAUCAUUGAAUUGGACAGGGGUCAGACAUAGCAUUGACAAUGGGGCAGCAAGUGGAUCAAGUGGCCUUGUGGAUGGUGAAGUCAUCACACAAGGCAGUAGCCGGGGAAGCAGUCAUGAAGUUGAGCGGCCCAGUGGUUACCUGAAUUUGUUUGAUCCACCACAGCUGGCUCGGCAUGGUGUGAGAUCUAGUGGAAGGGCUGUGACUGACACAAAAUUGUAAUAUAUUUUUCAGGAUUGUUACUUUUAUUUACCAUGAUAUUUAACAAAACAAUCAAAUUUCACUGUAUAAUUAUUAUUAAUAAUUAUACUUCAUGUUUGUACACUGGGAUGAUUUUAAAAUAAAAAAAUUAAAUUGUUUUCAUUAAAAUAACAAUGAAAUCCAUUAUUACACUAUUCUCUACUUAAAAAAAAGGAUUUAUAAUUUAUAUUAUUAUACAUUUAUUCAUUGUUCUGAAAAGUAAUCUUUAUUUAAUUUGGUUCAUUGCAAUGUUUAACUUGCUUUGAAGUGGAGUAACUUUUUAAAUUGGGUGUGUUAAUAUUUCUUUUCUUAAUUGUAUUUACACUAGUAAAUAGAAUGUAGUUUAUUGUAAUGUAUGCUCAGAUUUUUAAAGAUUGUCAGGAUUUAUUUUUAUCAGAAAGCAUAUAAUGCUUAAUUUUAUUUAAAAUGACUGUGAUAGUUUGUACCCUAAAAUGACUGAAGCCGGUGGUGUAUUUAGUUUUUUGUGUGUGGGUAAGCUAAGCUACUGUUUGUGUAAAAUUAAAUAAAAGACUAAUUCAGAAACA